GGAAUGCCUGCGCAACCUCGACAUGAAGCUAUAGCAACAACAACAACGACGCCCUCUGAAUCUAUACCUCGUCGUCAGAACACUGGAUCUACGAUAACAGAUGGCAGACCGGAAUUCGAGGUGCUGAGGGAGGAGCCGACGACUGCUUCGGGGAUUAAUGUGGAGGAGGAGGUGAGGUUGUACGAGGAGCUGUGUAGGGAGUACGAUGAGGAGGCUUCUCAGUACGACAGGCGGAGCAUGCACCUCCCUCGCCCAGCUGAAUCUAUUUUCUCGGCGGAUAUCUACCUCGGGGACAACAGAGGAGGAGGAUCGUUCGCGACUGACGUCAAGAUCUCUGGAUGGACGACUGUAGCUGGCGAUAAAGUCCCUUCGUUGGAGAAAGGGAGGGGGUUGACUGGGUUAGGGUCGGGUGCUUAUGUUGUAUACGAUUGCGUCGUAACGACCAAAGAGAACACAACCUUCCACUUCCUCAAGCGCUACACCGCAUUCGAAGACCUCGAAUACGCACUCCGCAAAACCCUCCCUCCAGUCCUCCGCCCCGCCAUACCCAAACUACCGCCCAAAGCCCCCUUUGCCCGCUUCAGGCCCGCGUUUCUGGAUAAACGCCGCCAGCAUCUGCAGUUCUGGCUUGCGAGGGUUCUGUUGCAUCCUGAGAUUGGACAGAGCGAGGCUGUGAAACGAUGGGUUAUGGCGUAAGGGAUCUGGGAAUGUGGGGAAGGGCGAUGCGAUAUGCGGGUUGGGUGAAUCAGCUCUUGCUCUCAUUUCUUCCUGCUUUCCUUUGCUUUGCGUAUCUAUGGACUAUUUGAUUUCCCUUUCCAUCUGUACAGAUACUGUGACGCUCUAAUUCAUCCUUUUUGCUUUCGCUUU